ACACUUCAGUGAGUCCAAGCCAGAGUCAACUAACACACAAGAAUAAGAAGAUAUUUAUCCAGUUCGCUCGUCAUAUUAUUGCAUAUUUCUGAAAAAUUUUACAACGCUAAUGCUAAUUUAUCAAUUCAAUUAAUAUAUUAAAAUUGUUGAUGUUUUUGGUGAUUUGCUAUUGAAAUAUUACGAUUGCGUUAGUCCUAUAUAUGUAUAUACGUUUCCAAGCAAUGGGAUACGUGUAAACUGUAACUAUAUAGUAUAAAUAACGCUAGUCCGUAUAAUCCAGGGGCUUCACAUAACGCCAUUUUGAUAUUGACUUGCAACACAAAGGCGACGUUUUUACUUAAGAGUUUUUACGUUUGAAUUAUUAAACUAAAAUGGGGAAAAAAGGAAAGAAGCGUACAAAUGAACAAAGUUCAAAAGGACCAUCAGAAAAAUCACAAACUUCACAGGACAACUCUGUACCUCAAAGUAGAGCAGAGACUCAAGCUAGUUCCCAAUCUUCUCCUGGUCAAUCUACUCAGAGUGCUGGGGGUUCUGAAAUAGGAAGAGGAACAUCACAUCAAGUACAACCUAGACAACAACAGUUUUCUCCGAGGCAUCAUGACCAAGAUCAAAGUUAUCAAAGUCCUAGGCGAGAUGAACAUGUGCAAUAUCAGCAAGCUGAUGAUCAGGAAAGAGGUAGAGGACGUGGUAGAGGACGUGGUAGAGGGCAAGGUAGAGGGCAAGGUAGAGGACAGACUAGAGAAGAUGAUAAUAGAGGGCAGAAUAGAGGUCAGAGUAGAGAAGAUAAUAAUAGAGGGCAGGGCAGAGGACAGGCUAGAGGACGUGGUUAUAGAGGACAAGGUACAGAAGGUGGUAUAAGACCUGGAAGUGAUGGAAGUCCAUUAUCAAACUACCCACAGGUGUCACAGCAAAUUCCACUAUUACAAGAUCACCAGCAACAACUAUCAGCUCAGCAAUCUCCACAAUCCAAAAUUGCUUCACCAAAACAAAUACCAGUAGGAGAGGAUAAUACUUCACAAAAAAGUACCGUGGAACAACUUACCCAACAAAUCAGUACAGUUUCAUUGGAGGGUCAGAAAAAAGAUACUAAACAGAUAGAAUCUCCAACAAAACAAAUUGCAAACAGACCUAUUGAACAGUUGGGUAUUCCAAAGCGUCGAGAUCCUUUGAAAGCUGGAACUAGUGGAAGACCCAUAAAAGUUUACUCUAACAUGAUGGAAAUUAAAUUCUCACCAAAUUUCAAGUCUACUGUCAUCCAUUAUGAUGUCAGUAUUGAUCCUGAUAAACCCAAAUAUCUAAUGAGAUCGGUAUUCAAUGCAGCUAAGGCCAAGUUGUUUGCAAACAGAUGGCCAGCAUUUGAUGGCAAAAAGAAUGCAUUUAGUGCUGGCCGUUUACCAAUUGACAACCCAGCAACAACAGAAGUUACUGUUCACAAUGAAGAUGGCAAAGAGAAGCAGUUCAAAAUUACAUUUAAAAUUGCAAGUGAGCUUGAUUUGUCGUGGCUCAAAAAAGUAAAACCAGGUUUACUUGAAACUGAAAGAAACCAAAUCAGUCUGCAAGCUCUUGAUAUAAUAUUGCGCAACGCUCCAGCUAUGCAAAAACAUGUCACAACAGUUGGACGCUCAUUUUUCACACCACCAUCAGGACGUGUCAUGACCUUAGGAGGAGGUAUGGAUGUCUGGGUUGGUCUUUUUCAAUCGGCAGUGUUAGGGUGGAAGCCAUUAUUGAAUGUCGAUGUGGCCCAUAAGGGUUUUCCAUCACCUCAAACAGUGUUAGAUUUACUCAAAACAAUAUGUGGCUGUAACAGUCAAGAAGGUGGCGCUUAUCGUGGACCACCUAGAGGACAAUAUGGAAGAGGAGGGUACGACCAAAGUGACCCACCUAAAUUAACAUAUGACCUCAUACAACGACACAACGAGGAAAUAACUAAAUUUUUGAGAGGUUUGAAAGUUGUCUAUGAAAUUCCUGGUCAAGCAACAUCACGAAGAACACAACGCGUGAAUGGUCUUGUUAAUCCUCCAAAUAAAAACAAUUUUGAGCAUAAUGGUCAUAAAGUGACUAUUGAACAAUACUACCGACUUGAAAAAGGAUAUACCAUUAAAUAUCCAGAUUUACCAUGUCUUUGGGUUGGUAGCAAAGAUAAAAACAUUCAUGUCCCUGUCGAAUUGUGUAAAAUCGUUGCCGGACAGGCUACACAAAAGAAAUUGGACGAGAAACAAACUGCUAACAUGAUAAAAUUUGCAGCUACGGGAACUGAAGAGCGCGAGGAAAAAAUAAUGAAUGCUUUUCGUCAUAUGAACCAUAAUAAUGAUCCCUGUAUGAAAGAAUUUGGUAUUUCGGUGAGUGGUGAAUUUGAGAAAGUGAAUGCCCGGGUUCUCGAUCCUCCUAGUUUGGCUUAUGCACAAGGAAAAUGUGCUCGUGUUAAUAAGGGUGUAUGGCGUGCCGAAAGAUUUUUUCAACCUGCUGACGUUAUUUCACGAGAAAAUUCUUGGACAAUCUUGAAUCUCAAUAGAUUCACAAAAGACCGUGAUCUCUUCGAUCUCUAUGAACAAUUACGAAAAACCGGUCAGCAGCUUGGUAUGAACAUUGGUAAGCCUGUGAUUCCAUUCGAGCAUAUAGAACUAAGAGGAAAUGAUAUAAGAAAGCUCAGAGAAUUUUUCGAACUUCAAAAAAAGAAAGAUUUAAGUCUGGUAGUGUGUAUUGUACCUGAAAUGAAAGGCCCUUAUAGUAAGGUAAAACAAAUUUCAGAACUUUAUAUCGGUAUUCUUACGCAAUGCAUAAGGGGUAAAACUUUACAAAGAUUAAGUCCAGCUACCACAUCAAAUAUUCUUUUGAAAAUCAAUGCUAAACUAAAUGGCAUCAAUCAUAAAAUUGCACCGACACAAAAUUUACCUGCAUGCCUUAAUGAACCGUGUAUGAUUGUGGGUGCUGAUGUGACACAUCCAUCGCCCGAUGCACAGGAUAUUCCUUCCAUUGCAGCUGUAGCUGCUAGUCAUGAUCCUUGUGCUUUCAAGUAUAAUAUUGAAAUACGUCUACAACCUCCAAGAAUGGAAAUAAUUCAGGAAUUGUCAGAGAUCAUGAGGACUCAGUUGUUAUACUUUUAUCAACAAACAAAAUAUAAACCACUCCGAAUCAUUUUCUACAGGGAUGGCGUUAGUGAAGGUCAAUUUGGCCAAGUUAUCGAUGCAGAGCUCGUUGCUAUCAGAAAAGCUUGUGCAAGCCUUUCGAAUACUUAUAGACCAAAAAUUUCAUUCAUGGUUGUUCAGAAAAGACAUCAUACCCGAUUUUUUCCUGCUGAUCCUCGAGAGACUGAUGAUCGAAACUGCAACGUACGGGCCGGUACUAUAGUGGACACGGAUAUUACCCAUCCAUCAGAUAUUGAUUUUUAUUUGGUUUCUCAUGCAAGUAUACAGGGUACUGCAAGACCGACCAAGUACAGAUGCUUACACGAUGAUUCUAACAUGUCUGAAGAUCAAAUUGAACAAUUGACAUACUUCUUGUGUCAUAUGUUCUCUCGAUGCACGCGAUCGGUAUCUUAUCCAACACCAACGUAUUAUGCACAUUUGGCUGCAUUCAGAGCAAGAGCGUUGACUGACAAUGUCGUCAUCAACUUAAAUAACUUGGCUCAAGAGCAACGUAACAAGUUAAAUCUCAGAGAAGAUGUUUCCAAAUCGUCACCGAUGUUUUUCGUAUAAUUAUAUUGGGUUUGUUUUCGAAGUCGCUUAAAAAUACAUGUAUUUUUAAACGACUUCGAAUUACUGAUAAGUGUUAAAUUUUUAAUAUACAACAACAUCGUCGGAUAAAAAUUUUUCUUUUCAUAAAAAUGCUCUAAUUUGUAUCUUUAUAAGUAGUCAUGUGAUUGUAUAAUGAAAUAUUUUAAUAUUUUUCAAUACAAAUAAUAAUUUUUUAUAAUAUUUAAAAAAGCUUAUGUUGCAUUUAUGUAGUUGAAAGAGGCUUAUAAUAAUUUGUUUAGUAUCAACCUGCCUAAAAAAUAUAUUUACAUGUAUGCAGAUUGUAUUUGUUUUGGAAAUAAAA